GCAGUUGGAUGGGAGAUCACAGUGAUGUCAGGACAGGGAGGGCUUACCACAGGAGAUAAGGCCAGCUAAUGGAGAUGAAAUGAAUCGGUAUUUAACAGGUCUCCUUUAGUUAAGGCAGCUAGCUGGCAGCAGACCGCGCUCCGAGCAGGUUGACUGGUUAGUGGGAGGCCGGAUAGUUGUAAGUGAUAGUCGGGAGACGCGUUCUGUGAGAUCUGCGAAGGCUUUCAUUUACAUUUCUGACUUGCUUUUUUUUUUUAACCUGAAUUGGGACCAAAACCAGUUCAAACUCUGCUCACUGGUGUUAACUUGAAGCUACCUUCACGUGGAGGUCAAAGGUCGAGUGUGUCAUGACCCCACGGGAGCAGCUGAGGAAGAUGACAGCGAUGGGGGAGCAGGGAGCUUUGGAUGAGAAGCACUGGUACCGCCUGGUCAACGGCAUGUCCGCUGGAGAGCUCAGGCAGAGACAGGAGUUAAUAAUGAGGAACCAGAUGGCCAUGGCUCCGCAGAUUCUCGCCCAGGGGCAGCAGAGGUUACAAGGAGUCCCAGCACAGUUUGAACCUCAUUUCAUGGAGAGGGAGUUGGUUCAGCCCAAUGAGAUGGUCGCCUCUGAGGCCCGACAGAUGCACAUGGGGCCUCACCUGGGUCCACCCAUGCCCCCACAUGCCAACCUCAUGCCUGGGAGAGGUUUCCCUGGAGCAGCAGGCUAUGGCUUCUUACCCUCAGAGCCUAUGGAAACAGUUGCCCGGCGACAGGAGCUCAUUCACAAGCAAAACAUUGCCAGAAUGGAGAUGAACGCCAUCCUGCACCAGAAGGAGCUGGAAAACGCCCACCAGAAGGGACUGAUAGGAAUGGACAAUCCCAUGGCUUACCCUUCCAACCACAUGGCCUUCAGAGGUCGUCAGCGCAUGCCAGACGGCCACGAUGUCUUUGUCCACCGCCCCACUCUGGACGAACUUCACUCCAACAGCAUCCUCAUGUCAGCCAGCCCUUACCCGCCCAUCAGCACGCUGCACAGAGAGAGGGGACGAAGGGCAGGCAGAAGGCCGACCGCUCACAAGAGUGCAGAAAGCCACGUGGCCAACCUGAAGGGCCAGGCUGAGGAUAAAAAUGUAGAGCAGAGCCCAGGGGCCACGUCAGGGGAGGAGAAGGAUUCGGAGGCCAAGGGGGACAUGGGAGAGGAGUGUGCCACCAGUAAAACGCACCAUCAAGCAAAAAUAGAGUCAGAACUUGCAGGAAGCAGGAAGAACUACAAAGAAGGGGAUACAGCCCUGCGCAAGGCCUGUGUGAACACGCAGGACAGCUGCUCUGAUGUGGCCAACAGUGGCACAAACGAAAAAGACAUUUCCAGCCAGUGUUCAGCUUUCCAGGAGAAGUUCAUGUAUCCCUCAGCAGGAGGAGCUCUCCCAGGGAUGCCUUACAUGUUCCCAGUCCCUGGAAAUGGCUUCCUCCCACCUGGUCCGCGGAAUCUCUUUCUUAAUGGUGAUGAGGUGUCGGAGGACAUAAGGAAGUGGUCGGUGAAUGACGUUUACAACUUUAUCAACAGUAUACCCACGUGUGCAGAAUACGCUCAGACGUUCAAGGACCACAUGAUUGAUGGCGAGACGCUCCCCCUCCUCUCAGAGGAACAUCUACUGGACACGCUGGGGCUGAAGCUGGGGCCGGCUCUCAAGAUCCGCUCACAGGUGUCCAAGCGUCUGGGCAACAUGUUGUACAUGAUGAACCUGCCGCUGCCCACCGCCCCCCUGCACGCCACCCCGGAGAAGCCCGGGGACCGCUCCUCCGAGAUCGGCUCCCCUGUUAACUGCAACAGUGAGGAGAUGGUGGCGAGUCCAAGAGACCCUGAUGUCCUCAAAUCCACAGAGCACCUUCAUGAGACAGAAAACAACUCCCCUCCGUCUGCCAGCAGCGAGACAGUCUGAUCAGCACUCAUGUGAGUGUGGAGGAGUGUGAACCAGGCCCAGUCUGCACCGACAGCACAACACGAGCUGAUGGACUGCUACUGCCUCUGUGGUGGUUUUGUUUCUAUGAUGAUUACCUGAAUUAAAGAUGCUUUUUUUAUUGUUUGCUACCAGGGGUUUUCAUACACAGCUUCAUACUAGGCCCAGGUGUCUGCUAAAUAUUUUUUAUUUUACAUAUAAAUGUAUAUAUAUUUCCAAAAACAACAGUGGAGUGGUCUGGACUUUGAGUUAUGAGACACUGAGAAGGUUCAAUCUGUUUUUUGUUUUGUUUUCUUCUUUCAUUACAGGCCUUAGUCUCCAAACGUCUGAUUGUAGCCUCAAACUCUGAGUUAUACUUUUCAGGUGCUAAUUGUCAUUUCUCCAGUAGACCAGCAGUAAGACAAUAGAAAUCACACGGGAAUGGUUUUAUAAUCAAAAGAAUGAUACCUUAAAAAGUUUUGGGUUUUGAUAUCUUUUGUGAUAUCAUUUGUGUUUGUUGGAUUGUAAAUAAAGUGUUUUUCUACAUAGGAA